AUGCGGUCACAGCCAUCACCUUACCCAAUCCUCCCUUUUCACGCUCUUCGCGCCUGUUCCCUUGUUUGUUCUCUGGUGGUGGCAGCAGUUCUAUCAUAUUUCGUGUACCAUCUGAAGCGGGGCAACUUCAAGAUUCCAUGGACAUUCCUGGUGCUCUUCGGGGUCGCACUGCUUUCGCUCCUCAACUUGACUCUGACAUUAGCCCUGCAUCUUUUCCGUGUACUCUCACCACUCUUCAACCUGGUCUUUAAUAUCUUCCUUCUGCUUCUAUGGGUUGUUGGCCUAUCAUUGCUGGGAUGGAACAUGUCAGGCACAUUGAGUCAUGUUUGCAACAGUGCGAAUUGGGGUUCGGCAGCUGGAAUCAUGAUCUGCCGACUCUAUAAGACAUUGUUCUCUUUCGGUUUGUUCAGUACACUUUCUGCUAUUGCAUUGGUGGUCUUGGACCUUAAGGUUCGCAAAGAUCAGAACAGCCUCGGAAAAUACAACCAGAUGCGAGACUCGGCUUACGACUUGAAACCAACCUCGCAGGCGUUCAGCACGGGCGCGCUUGGAGGACAUCACGAGGACCGUCCAGAGCCAUGGCUGAGUGCAGGACAGGAGCCGGCUGACUAUAACUCUCGGAACGUUUCCCGAGAGCGUGUUCGAUCUGAGCAUUUCGGAUAUACAUCGCCCCUAGAGCAGACACAUUAUGAUGCAGGCGAUUAUGCGAACCAGAGAUAG